UGAAUCUUUGCAUGUGAUACUUGCUGUUUCGUGUUUGGAAAAGCCUAAAAAGAAGAAAGAGAAAAUUACUUUUGACCUUUCCUGUGCUUCACAGUUCCUUCAUGCAGUAAUAACAGCUUCAUUCCUCUUUCCUUUCAUCAUUUCCUUUCGGCUUCAUCUUACAGUCUUGAAUUUGUCCUUUUAUGUCAGAGGAAAAUAAGAUUCUGAUACGUUUGUCUUAUUGUCGGGAGGCAUCCCAGAUGAAAUGUGAAUCUGGUUACCUAUUUCUCACCCAUACAGUUUUCAGAAACGUAUCUUAGUGUACCACUUGAACCUCGCUUCUAAGUUAAAUUUGCUGAAAUGCAACAAUCACAGCGGGGAAAUAACAAACCAGAUAAGCGAAACUAAUGUUGAAACUGCUUCUGCUUUCACUAAGAGGUCACAGGUUAAGGCAAAGGGAACAGCUCUGACUUAAAUCAUGCCUCAGUGCAUUUCGCUGCAGUCUGUGUGAAGGGGGGACACCAUUAUAGCAUCAACAUGUCACAUCACGCUGCUCUUGUUAUGGUCAUCCUGACUGUCGCUGAAUGGUGGUGCCUGUGUGCUGCUGAUGUUGGGGAUUUCGCUCCAUGCCUGCAAUUCUUUUACAAGUCUUGGCCUCCUAAAGGUCUGGAUGGGACCCCAAUCUGCCAGCGUUAUGAGAACCUGUUCCGCUUUGCCACAUUGUACAGUCGACCACGUCGCUCUCCAUGGUUUUCUGCCUAUUUGUACUCCGUACCAACGGGAAAGAGACCCACUGCAUCUUGGAAGUUUGAGCCACAGUUAGCCUACCCAGGAGCUGAUGGCAAUAUGAUCCCCUUCCCUCCGGGCCCCCUGGACCAGAACGUGGUGGACAGCCAGGCGGUGGAGCCAGACUACAUAAAUUCAACCUACUCUCGUGGCCACUUGAACCCCAGUCUUCACCACAGGAGCCGGGGGGACCGGUAUGCCACCUUCACUCUCACUAAUGUAGUUCCUCAGAAGGUGGGCUCUAAUGAUGGGCCCUGGGAAGCCCUGGAACAGACUGUCAACAAAACCCUGGAGGCCUAUUGUCUCGGAGAGGCUUACAUCGUGACUGGCAUCAUCCCUUACCUGAACAACGAGCAAUGGCUCAAGAACCAUCGCGUGGCUGUGCCCGAGUAUCUGUGGUCUGCCUACUGCUGCCCCCACUACAACAACAGCCUUCCAGAAGAACUGAAGGAUUCAUUUCCAACGUAUGCUGCUAUCGGCCGCAAUGACCGCAACAGCACUGAGGAGAUUGUGCCUGUUAGCAAGACAGCUAAGAAGCAAUUCAGGGGAUAUGAUGUGAGGAAAAUGCCCCUGGAAACUCUAGAGAUGUAUCUGAAGGACAGGUUCAGCACUGUUGUUAGUGUUUUUUAUGAGCGGUGUUCUGGAUCAGACUGAUUGUGCAGACACAAAGUUCUCAAACAGCCAUUACGGAAAUUAUUCCAUUAAUUUGUUUAAGGUUAAGUAGGUUGGGUUUAGGUGUGAAAACUGCUCGGUUGGGGAGGAUUGUGGAAAUGGUUAAAAGAAACCAGCACUGACUUUGAAGGACUGUGAUACAUUUGUUAAUUCAAAAUAAAUUUUUCGGGAAAAAGAAAGCAAAUGAAUUAUCUCAUGUUGAUGACAGUUACAGACAGUUAAUGAACUGACAGAAGAUCGAUGCCACAGUCGAAUCUUGUUUGUUUAAAAGACCAGUUCCCCCAAAAUAAAAAUUGAUGAGUGAGUCAACAUUGACUGAAUUUUCAUUUUUGGAUGAACUGUUCCUUUAAUCCAUACAAAAACACGUAUUUAUGCAGUAUUUGUAUCUGAGUACAUGUACAAUCUAAUUCUUCCACUGUAGUUUUGGACCACCAGGUGGCGACACUGUGUAAUGCAUGACAGAAGUAAAAGUGUGUUUUAGUGUGGGCUUCUGUUGAUUGAGGGAUUUUACGGUGAAGACUCACCCCAACAGAAUGUCUUGGUAUUCAAAGACCCCAUUAUCUUGAUGGUUAAUUUGUCUUUUAUCUCAUUAUUCUCUGAAUAAUAUCAGUGGCUGUAAAGUGUAGAGUAAAGUAUUUUGUGUCAGGUGAGGAUUUAUGCUUCAAGUCAUGAAUAAAUACAGGUUAACAGAUCGGACUGAUGACUCAUCUAGACGUUAACUCACUGUACGAGUUGGACUUGACUGUUCUGUAGCUUUGCCAAGAUUCUUUUGAAGUGAUCACUGAGACACAGGUUUUGUCACAUCAGACUCACUGUAGAUUUAUUGCGUGAACUCAUGGUACAACAGCUCAGGUGCACAAAGAGCUAAACACAUGUAACACACUGGUGUGCCAGA